UAUAGCAACGUUUUAGAAAGCAAAUCCAGAAAAAAAAUGAAACUAAAUAAACUAUUGUUGGCAUUUAUGUGCCUGGGACUUUUUACAGUCCUGGUGGUGGGCGCUGAUACCGAUACCGAUACCGAUGAUUCUGAUGAUACGGCCGCCAGUACCGAGAACGAGUCCACAGAUGCCUCCACCACCGGAUCAUCGAGCACAACGGCACCAGAUGCCUCGGGCUCAGAUGUGGAUGAUACCGGCAGCAGUACCGAUGACGUGGAUAGUGAUUCUGGAUCGGAUUCUGACUCCGACUCGGAUAGCGAUGCGGAUGAGGGCACGGACACAGAGCCAGCCACAACAGCAAAGCCAAAAAGGAAGAAGAACAACAACAACAGGAGGAAGAACAACAAAAGGGCGGCCAACAAGAAAAAGGCGGCCAACAACAACAACCGGAAGAAGGCGGCCAACAAGAAGAGGGCCACCAACAACAACAGCAACAGACGUCGCAACAACAACAACAAUCGUCGCACCAACAACAACCGUCGCAUCAACAACAAGGCCAGAAGGCGUGGUUGA